AUGAAGUUUUUGGCGCAGACCGCCGUGGGCUCGGCAGCUCUCCUCUUGGCUGCCCAGCCCUGCUUGGCAAGCUUCCCGCAUCGACACAACCACCUGGGCAGGAGACACAGCCAUGAACACAACAACAGCAUCAGAGGUGUUGCACACAAGGACCGUUCCCUCGGCACCUGUUCCUUCCCCGAUGGCGAGGGUUUGGUCGCAAUCACCCCGCACAAGGACAAUGCCGGCUGGGCUCUCAGCCCGGAUCAGUUCUGUACUUGCGGAAGCUAUUGCCCAUACGCUUGUCCUCCCGGCCAGGUCAUGGCCCAGUGGAAGGAUGGCUCGACUUACGGCACGACCGACAGAAUGGCCGGUGGUCUCUUCUGUGGUCUGGAUGGCAAGGCAGUGAAGCCGUUCUCGAACAAGCCGCUUUGCGUUGAUGGAACCGGCACCGUCUCGGCCGUGAACAAGGUUGGAAAGGUUGUAUCCUUCUGCCAGACCGUGCUUCCCGGCAAUGAGGAUAUCAUCAUUCCCACGGAUGUACAUGACACCCAGGUUCUCGCCGUUCCCGACCCAAGCUACUGGCAGUCCACUGCCUCCCACUUCUACAUCAACCCUCCUGGUGUCGACUCUGACAAGGGCUGUCACUGGGGUGAUGAGUCGCAGCCAAUCGGCAACUGGGCACCAUAUGUUGCUGGCGCAAACACUGACUCGUCUGGAUCGACCUUUGUGAAGCUUGGUUUGAACCCAAUCUGGCAGGGCAGCAGCUUGUUUGGAACGAAGCCCUCGUUCGGCAUGAAGAUCGAGUGCCCAAGCGGAAACUGUGUUGGUCUCCCCUGCUCGAUCGACGGCAAUGGCGUAACGAGCAACCUGAAGGCGACCGGCGCUGGUGACUCCGACUUCUGCGUUGUCACUGUGCCCAAAGGAAAGUCUGCCAACAUUGUGGUCUACAACUUGGAUGGCUCCUCAGGCAGCACGACCUCGGCCGCGCCUCCCACCACUUCGUCCAAGCCUCAACCCACGACGACCUCUACUACCCCUACUACUUCUGCAACCCCAACUACCUCGAGCACUCCUACAUCGACCUCUGUGCCCUCGACUUCCUCCAAGGCUUCGUCGACAUCUCAUGAGAGCUCAAGCAGCAGCUACCCCCCGAGCUCCUCAAGUGCUUCGGCUUAUUCCAUUGGAGGUAUCUUCCAGGAGAAUGGAACGUCAACCUCCGCUUUCUCCUGGGUCAGUGCUUCGUCUACUCCCACCUCGGUCUCGGGUAGUGGAAGCGACAGCUCGAGUGCUGGAGCCGCAUCAGCCACAGAGUCUUCAAAGAACGAGAGCUCGGCAGCUCAGGGCAACGGUGCCAUCGCCGGUUUGAUCGUUGCCUUCAUUGCCGCCGCUUGCUUGUUGUAA